GGAAUCAUUACCAUCUGGUCAGAACUGCAGAAAAGGAAUCGCCCUGAAGCUGCAAACAGUAGUUCUGCUGGCUACAACUUUGAUCCUUUGACUACCAGAACCUGGAUGAAUGAGAAUCUUCACAGAAACUCAUCAGAACUCGCAAUGAACAGGAACGUGAAUGAAAUUAAGGAAGAGGACAUUUAUGACUUUCUACCGGAGCAUUUGACUACAGACAAAAAAUACAAUGGUACUUGGACACCAAUUUGCAAGCAAGAACCAUCUUUGUCACAUGAAAUUGAAGAAAGGGAGAAGUCUAAUGUAAUGCUAUUUAGUGGUCAUGAGAUCACUUCUACAAUUCAGCCAUCAACUCCUUCACAACAGGCAGUAUCUCUGAAGAGGAUUAAAGAGGAGGAAGACAUGUAUGAUUUCCUCCCAAAGUAUUUGUACAGAACAAAGGAGGAAAAGAAUGACAUGAAGAAGGAAACAGAGUCUUCUCUAAUGAAAUGCAAUGGAGACAUGGCCCCUAUAGACGAAGUCCAGACCCAUGUGCCAAGAAAUCCAUUCAAAUGUUACACAUGUGGGAAAGGAUUUACACUAAAGGGUACUCUCAAAAGGCACCAGAUGAUCCAUACUGGGGAAAAGCCUUACCAGUGUGCUACAUGUGGAAAAGCCUUUACACUGAAAAGUACCCUCAUCAUCCAUCAGAGAACCCACACUGGAGAAAAGCCUUACCAGUGUGUUAAAUGUGGAAAAGAUUUUAAAGUGAAAAGUACCCUGAUUGUUCACCAGAUGAUCCAUACUGGAGAAAAGCCUUACCAGUGUGCCACAUGUGGAAAAGGCUUUGUAGGAAAAAGUGAUCUCUACAAGCAUCAGAAAACCCACACGGGGGAAAGGCCUUAUCAGUGUUUAACAUGUGGAAAAUGCUUUGCACAGAGGGGUCACCUCGUUAAGCAUCAGAGAAUCCACACUGGAGAAAGGCCUUACCAGUGUGCUACAUGUGGAAAAGGCUUUGCAGGAAAGAGUGAUCUCAACACGCAUCAGAAAUACCACACAGGGGAAAGGCCUUACCAGUGUGCUACAUGUGGAAAAGGCUUUGUACGGAAAGGUCACCUCAUCACCCAUCAGACAAUUCAUACAGGGGAAAGGCCUUACCAGUGUGCUACAUGUGGAAAAGGCUUUGUACGGAAAGGUCACCUCAUCAACCAUCAGACAAUUCAUACUGGAGAAAGGCCUUACAAGUGUCUUACAUGUGGGAAAGGCUUUGCAGAGAAAAGUACCCUGAUCAAGCAUCAGAGAAUCCAUACUGGAGAAAGGCCUUACAAGUGUGUUUCAUGUGGAAAAUGCUUUGCACAGAAGGCUAAACUCGUCAAGCAUCAGAAGACCCAUGUGCCAAGAAAUCCAUUCAAAUGUGACACAUGUGGGAAAGGAUUUGCACGACAGGGUACUCUCAAAAUGCACCAGAUAAGCCAUACUGGGGAAAAGCCUUACCAGUGUGUCACAUGUGGAAAAGGCUUUUUUGGAAAAAGUGAUCUCUACAACCAUCAGAAAACCCACACGGGGGAAAGGCCUUACCAGUGUGCUAUAUGUGGAAGAGGCUUUGCACAGAAUGGUCAGCUUAUUACCCAUCAGAGAAUUCAUACUGGAGAAAGGCUUUUCCAGUGUGCUACAUGUGGAAAGGGCUUUGCACAGAAAUAUAAUCUCAAAACACACCAGAUAAUCCAUACUGGAGAAAGGCCUUUUCAGUGUGCUACAUGUGGGAAAGGCUUUGUAAGGAAAAGGAAUUCAAAUGACUUUUCACAUUUACACAUUAUCACCAUUCUGGAUCCUGAAACCACAACGAGUCCAAUGGAUGAGAGUCAGAACUGCAGAAGACUUGGACUGCAGAAGAGGAAUCGCCCUGAAGCUGCAAACAGUAGUUCUGCUGGCUACAACUUUGAUCCUUUGACUACCAGCACCUGGAUGAAUGAGAAUCUUCAUAGAAACUCAUCACACCUCGCGAUGAACAUGAAUGACAUUAAGGAAGAAGACAUCUAUGACUUUCUACCAGAGCAUUUGUCCACAGACAUGAAGGAUAGUGGUGCGUGGACACCAAUUUGCAAAGAAGAGCCGUGUUUAUCAGAUGGAAUUGAAGAAGGGGAAAAGUAUCAUAUGCAAAUUACUGGUGAUGAGAAUACUCCUACAAUUCGGCCAUCAACUCUAUCACAACGGGCAAUAUCUCUGAAGGUGAUUAAAGAGGAAGACAUGUAUGAUUUCCUCCCGGAGUAUUUGUACAGACCAAAGGAGGAAGAGACUGAAACUGAUACAAUGCACGUGAAAAAAGAAUCCCUGGACAUGGAAACGGAGUCCUCUCUGAUGGAAAACAAUGGAGACAUGUCCCCUAUAGGUGAGGACCAGACAGUUCAUACUUCCACAGACCCACACCAGGGUACCAAAAGUGAAAAGAGUUUUGACACAAAACGGUAUUCAUCAAAGCACAAGACAACCCAUAUGCCAGGAAAUCAAUUCAAGUGUGCCACAUGUGGGAAAGAAUCUGCAAGCAAGAGUCAUUUCAAAAGGCACCAGAGAGUCCAUACUGGGGAAAAGCCUUACCAGUGUGCUAUGUGUGGAAAAGACUUUGCAGAUAAAAGUACCCUCAUCAUCCAUCAGAGAACCCAUACUGGAGAAAAGCCUCACCAGUGUGCUAUGUGUGGAAAAGGCUUUGCAGCAAAGACAAGUUUAAUCAGUCAUCAGAGAAUCCAUACUGGAGAUAAACCAUAUCAGUGUUCAACAUGCGGAGCAGCCUUUUCAAGAAACAGCAGUUUAGCUCAUCAUCAGAGAACCCAUACUGGAGAAAGGCCUUUUCAGUGUGUUACAUGUGGAAAAUGCUUCACACGGAUGGAUCACCUCAUUACCCAUCACAGAACCCAUACUGGAGAAAGGCCUUACCAGUGUGCCACAUGUGGAAAAGAUUUUAAAGGGAAAAGUAACCUGAAUUAUCACCAGAUGAUCCAUACUGGAGAAAGGCCUUACCAGUGUGCCACAUGUGGAAAAGAUUUUAAUCAGAAAAGUAACCUCAUUAUCCACCAGAGAACCCACACUGGAGAAAAGCCUUACCAGUGUGCCACAUGUGGAAAAGGCUUUGUAGCAAAGAAUGAUCUCAACAAGCAUCAGAGAACACACAUGGGGAAAGGCCUUGUUUAA